UCAUCCUCCAUGCAAUCCUGUUUUUUGCUGUUCAAUUGACUUUUGUAUUUGUCAAUAUGGUUAACGUGAGACUGGCUGGGAUAUGUGUACUUGGAUUUGCCAAUGGUUUGGGAACGAUUACUGCGGCGAAGCUGUUGGGUUUUYACAGUGACUCCGCUGGUGUCUACUCGAGUGGUCUUAAUCUUAACACAGCUGUAGCAUCGAUCACGUAUACAGGUUUGACAACGUGGUUAUGCGUAUCACCUCGCAAUGCUAUUGCCAUUUUGAGUCCACUUUCUCUGUUUCCACUCUUGAUGUAUGCGUUUCUUGAUAAAGAACCAUUAAAAACCUACAAGAACUGUACAAAGGACAUCGCGUAUCAAACUUUGGACGACAAAGAGAAUAAUGAMMWAAAAUCAGCCACUSAGUCCGGAAAAACAAAGUCUAAAGAAUCUACCAUUCGAUGUCAAACCAAGUUCCUAUUCAAUGUGUUUCUUGUCUGUUACUACCUAGGCACCAAUUUUUUUUUAGUGAUGUUAUCCCUCGUUACCAUUCUUUCUACUGUGACAUUUAAAUCCUCUCCAUUCCCCCCUCGGGAUCACUAUCAGUAUUACCGAUUCCUAAGUGAUCUUGGUAUAAUGGUCGGAGGGAUGGAAUUACCUCUCGCAUCCUUCUUUUGCCCUCGUUUCCUGGACACCAUUAAGAUUCGUCGUAUUUGGAUCUUGAUUCUGUUGAUUGUUGGUCACACGCUGGUGUUUCUGUCAGUUUCAUGGUUUCACUUCACAGACAACGUGUACAUUAUCUUGCUAUUGUGUUUUACUCAGGGCGCGAUUAGUGGCUGGUCUAGCGUCAACACUUAUUGCUUACCUGUCGACCUCUUCGCAGRUUCCGGGAAACUUGGAACAAUUCUGGGAUACCUGGAAGUCAGUKUAUCCUUUGGCAGGUUAUCAKCAGGGCUGUUGGGCAUGUACGUAGAGAAAUAUCUGAGAGAUYACUGCGAACAUGGAUUGUUGUUGGGUCGAUUCUGUUUAGCGAGACUUUCUUCGCACGGAAUGUGGAGUACGUCCAACUGUGUGAGAUAA